UCAGACUUUUCCUCUAUCUAUCCUAAGCCCUUCUUUUAUUUAAUCCUCAACAUUUCAAAGAAACAACAUUCAUACCAUAAUAGUCUUGGCCGCAGCAAAGUCAUUAAAGUUUAAUUACUUUGCCAAGGCAUGGCAGUGGUUUUUAGGAACACCAUGAUGGACGUUGAUUUUCCUUGUUAUAGCACCACCACCACCACCACCGCCACCACGACGGCAACUACUACAACCACCACUACCGCCACCUCUAGUGAUGACAAUUGUUGCGACUGGAAUGACUGGUCCUCAGUUGUGGACUGGGAUGAAAUCUCGUGUGAUGGUGAUCACAUGAAAGACGAUGGUUUUCAUGACUUGUUGGAAACCAUGACUGAUGAAAUCGUCACCGUCCACCACCCUGCCUGGGCUCUCCCUGACAGGAGGAGCUCAACCGUGUCCCCGGAAACCGUCAUGAUGGACUCGGAAGAUGACGGUGGAGAGGAUUUUAAAGGGCUCCGCCUUGUUCACCUGCUGAUGGCAGCUGCCGAGGCGCUGACCGGUGUCAACAAGAGCCAUGAGUUGGCGAGGGUGAUAUUGGUUCGGCUCAAGGAGUUGGUUUCUCCAAACGAUGGCUCUAAUAUGGAGAGAUUGGCCGCCUAUUUCACUGAAGCCUUGCACGGCUUGCUUGAAGGAGCUGGAGGGGCAGCAGCAGGGGUGUACGGUAAGCAUUUUUCGGGUCAUCAUGGGCCUCACGCGAAGGAUGAUCAUCACCAUCAGACGGAUGUCCUUGCAGCAUUUCAGCUGUUGCAGGACAUGUCACCUUAUGUUAAGUUUGGACACUUCACAGCUAAUCAAGCAAUAUUGGAGGCUGUGGUCCAUGAUAGAAGAGUCCACAUUGUGGACUAUGACAUUAUGGAGGGAAUCCAAUGGGCCUCACUAAUGCAGGCCCUAAUGUCCCGAAAAGAUGGCCCAUCAACCCACCUCAGGAUCACUGCCUUAUCUAGGGGUGGGAGUGCCCGCCGGUCAUUCACGACCAUCCAAGAGACCGGUCGACGGUUGUCGGCAUUUGCGGCAUCCAUCGGUCAACCAUUUUCAUUCCAUCAAUGUAGGUUGGAUUCAGAUGAAGCAUUCCGACCAUCUUCUUUGAAAUUAGUUCGAGGAGAAGCACUAAUUAUAAAUUGUAUGUUACAUUUGCCACAUUUUAGCUACCGAGCUUCAGAAUCGAUUGCUUCAUUUUUAUCCGGAGCCAAAACACUAAACCCGAGAUUAAUCACUUUAGUUGAAGAGGAGGUAGGCCCCAUUGCAAACGAAGGGUUCGUUGGUAAAUUCAUUGACUCAUUGCAUCAUUACUCUGCAAUUUAUGAUUCGCUUGAGGCAGGAUUUCCACUGCAGGGCCGGGCUAGGGUGCUUGUGGAGCGUGUAUUCUUGGGCCCCCGAAUUGCCGGAUCAAUAGCCCGUAUCUAUCGGGCCCAAGGUGAGGCGGAAGGGGGAUCUUGGGGGGAGCGGAUGGCGAGCAUGGGAUUCCGUCCAAUUAGCGUUAGCUUUGCUAAUCAUUGUCAAGCAAAAUUGUUGGUGGGGCUUUUCAAUGAUGGGUAUAGGGUUGAGGAAUUGGCCUGCAAUAAACUUGUACUAGGAUGGAAAUCCAGACGCUUACUCUCUGCUUCCGUUUGGACAUCCCCAGAUAAUGAUAUGUAAAAUAAUUAAGGGUAAAACACCAAAAAACUUGGAGGUUCUCUAACUUUUUAGUUAGUUUUGUGCUUUUGUUUUCAGUUUUAGUGAUUAGAGAUGAAAGCAAAGCUUGAUGUUAAUUA